ACUGGCUCCGAUUGGCUGGGGUACAGCAGGUGCUGCGUCCGGAUUGAUCAAAGCCAAGUGGGCGGGGCCGUCGCCCGGGGCGACUCUCUCGGGAAGCUAGUGCCCUGUCUCAGUAGCGUCGGGGCUGGCGCGCGCGGCGAAUCUUAAGGUUGUGCUGUUUGCCGGCUCUUCGGGGCCACCAGUUUCCUUACCUUCCACCCUGGCGCCCCCCAGUCCUGGUUCCCCGGCCUCGCUGCCCGGGGCGUCCACGCCUUGCGGGCUCAGCGGGCUCAAUCUGCGCAGCUCCUCCUCCAUGUUGACUAAGCCUCUGCAGGGGCUCCCGGUGGCCCCCAUGACCCCCACGCCGCCGCCAGGAGGCAAGGAUCGGGAAGCGUUCGAGGCCGAGUACCGACUUGGCCCCCUCCUGGGUAAGGGGGGCUUUGGCACCGUCUUCGCAGGACAUCGCGUCACAGACCGACUCCAGGUGGCCAUCAAAGUGAUCCCCCGGAAUCGCGUGCUGGGCUGGUCCCCCUGGUCAGACUCAGUCACAUGCCCACUGGAAGUGGCACUGCUAUGGAAGGUGGGUGCAGGUGGUGGACACCCUGGUGUGAUCCGCCUGCUUGACUGGUUCGAGACACCAGAGGGCUUCAUGCUGGUCCUUGAGCGGCCUCUGCCUGCCCAGGAUCUCUUUGACUACAUCACAGAGCAGGGCCCGUUGGGUGAAGGCCGAAGCCGCUGUCUCUUUGCCCAGGUAGUGGCAGCUGUUCGGCACUGCCAUGCCCGUGGAGUUGUCCAUCGUGACAUCAAGGAUGAGAACAUCCUGAUGGACCUCCGCCGGGGCUGUGCCAAACUCAUUGAUUUUGGUUCUGGCGCCCUGCUUCAUGAUGAACCCUACAGUGACUUUGAUGGGACAAGGGUGUACAGCCCCCCGGAGUGGAUCUCUCGUCAUCAGUACCACGCACUCCCAGCCACUGUCUGGUCACUGGGUAUCCUCCUCUAUGACAUGGUAUGUGGGGACAUUCCCUUUGAGAGAGACCAGGAGAUUCUGGAGGCUGAGCUCCACUUCCCUGCCCACGUCUCCCCAGAUUGUUGUGCCCUAAUCCGCCGGUGCCUGGCUCCCAAACCCUCUGCCCGACCCACACUGGAGGAGAUCCUGCUGGACCCCUGGAUGCAGACACCAGCCGAGGAUGCAUCCCUCAACACUCCCAAAGGGAGUUCCACCCCUUUGGCCUGGUCCCUACUGCCCUAGUCCUGGCCAGGGCCCCCAUUAGUUGGAAUAGCCAUCCCAUGGCCACGCCACAGGGAUAGAUGGACAUCUGUUGAUCUGGUUUUACAGGUCAUUAAAAAUCCAGUGUUACUAGGGUCAGAGAUUGGGGAUCAGGUGUCAGAAGACAUAAGCCAAGUUUACCUAGUCCCUAUCCCAAUCCUGCUAAGGAGCCUUCCAGAACGUAUGCUCUGUUAUUCUGGAGGGGGUCCUUCUUUGCUACUUGUUUUGCUAAGGGUGUUUAUUUGGUUGAAAUUACAUUCUGAGCCUGCAGGGCUCUUAUUCUGAUGAGCAGUAACCCCUACACUGGCACCUCCUGCUACCACCACACAAACUUAGUUUAAAUGCUCUGACUUGGGCAAGGGUGCUUUCCUUCCAAUACCCCAGCGGCUCUUAUUUUAGCAAAGGGACACUUUCCCCUAGCCUAGGGUCCCAUAUUCAGUCAAGCUGCUUGCCUACCUCAGCCCAGCAUUGUUUAUUCUGGGGGAGGUAAGCCCUAUUGUUGUCCCAGGGCUUUUGUGUGUGUGUGUGUGUGAGGGGACCCUACUCUGUUAUCCCAAGUGCUCUUAUUCUGGUGAGGAGAAACCCCACUUUCAUGAUUUGGGAGGGGAUGGGAGAUGGACACUAGGUCCACUAGGAUGGGGUGGAUGGUUUUUUGGGGGAUGGGGUGAGGGAAAUGUCUUGUUUGUUCUCCUAGGGCCCCACCCUCCACCUUUUCUUGAUUCUUGCUGCCUCCUUCUGAGCCAGGGUUGUCCAGUUGCUGAAAUGUAAAUACUCAUGUAUUGGGGAAGGAGAGCUCCAACUGUAUCUUCCUCUUCCUUCUCCCCCGCCUGGAUUAUUUAAAAAGCCAUGUGUGGAAACCCACUAUUUAAUAAAUGUAAUAGAAUCAGAA